AUGGAGCCGACCGAGGUCGUCGUCUUUGUGGCAACGUACAGUGGGCGCCGCUUCAACCCCGCAGAGCGUGCCUUCCCUGUGAGGAGUCCAAUCGGCGUGUCGCUGCAAGGCGACCGGGAGUUCUCGAUCAAGGCCCGCGGGCCCGAUGUUGUGACUGUGGCUUUUCAGCCGUCCGUUCCCGGGGGUUUUUAUGCCACGCUGAGUUUGGGGCGCCGCCAGGUCAAGUUGAUUGGCCACUCCGAACCUGAGCCGGCUGACAAGGCGCUGGCCAUAGCCGAUUGGCUUCUGACCGACUGUGUCGUCAUUGUCACAUUCUGUGAUGGGGGCCACUCCGUGGGGAUCGUUAUGCAUGCUGUCGGACACUUCAGCUUCCAGCAUGUGAUCCCGUUUGCACAUAGUUUUGUUUCAGGAGAUGUCAUUGCCUGGCUUUCGCAAAAUGCGGAGGCCGGGCUCCAGUGGCUCUUCAGUGCAGAGGCCGCUGCUGGGCCUUUGCCCUUGGAGGAUGUGCCUCAUGCUGGAGCUGAAGCCGAGGAGCACGCAGGGGCCACCGCGCCCACAGAGGAGCUUCGUGCGGGUGAAGAGCCGCGUGGCUUCAUCUACGAGCCCACGUCUGAGCUCCCGGCUGACCUAAGCGUCGUUGAAGAGAGUGGUGCUGCAGCCUCUGCCUUGUCGAGUCUGCAAGAUUGGGUUUGGGGCCGAGAUGGCGCGAUCUCAUUCUUGACGACCUUCGCAUAUCUGUUUACAAGUUCCGGCGAGGCCACAGAUGUGGAGAACCCAGUUCUGCUGUCCCUGUCGAUGCCGCUCUUGUACGAGUGCCUCCAGGUCGCAGACUUGCUGAAUCUGUUGCAGACGUCCUCUCAGACGAAGCAUAUCGCGAAGGCCGUGAUGAAACAUCUACUUGAGGGAGCUGGCUUCCAGAGGUCUUCCACUUUCGUUGCUGGCUAUCAGGCGUUUGACAGGCCGUCUUCGUCGUGGCUGAAUGGCUACCCCAAAUUCGAAAGGCCCAUCGCGCUGAUCCUUCUUGAUGACGAUGCAGUACAGUGUAACCCACGUGCAGACAUGGACAAGCAGAUGCUCAAGAUUGCUGACUGCCAGAAAUGGUGGUUGCAGCAAUUACACCGAGCAGAUCUGGCUCCGGAGUGCCAAAGCUCCUUCCGUUUGGAUGCGCAAGACAUCCGCGACACGGUGAGCAGGCUGCAGAUGUUCUCCCAGAGCGAAGAAAAUCAACUACGGCACGCUGCGUCCCAUGCUGUUUGGUCUUCCUUUCGUUGCUCCAGUCGUGACGUGCAGCGCCUCAUCUGCGAAGCGGUGAUGGAUCGUUUGAAGCGUCCCGCCAGCAAGGAAUGCCUGCGGGCAUCUUGCAGGCAAAUCCGCUAUGUCUUUCGUGCUCUCGAAGACCGGGAGCUACAGGAGGUGAUCCUCUUCUUGAUGUGCUGGUUGCUGCACCCUUUCGAAUGGCAAGACCCGGAGACUCAAAACGAGCUCAAAGCGGUGCUUGAGAUCCUGUUAGCGACCUCAAGCAAAUAUGAUGGAAAUGCUGCUGCCACCCUGAACAGACGGCAAACGCUCCUCAUCCAGCAAGAUCCGUCGAAUAGGCAGAUCGAGCUUCUUGAAGACCUCUUGGUCGCGUGCGUGCGCUGA